AUGCCCGUUGUGGCACAGAGUCCUCCUCACCUCGUCCUGCUGGUGCUGGUGGUGCUCCGAAAUGUGAGUGGACCUGUCUCUGUGGGGUUUGUGGUUUGGCUUCAGCUUCUCACUUUGCUCCCAGUUUUUCAGGGCUCUCCAGGUCCUGAAAGUGACGCCAGAGUUGAGAUCCAGGCCAGGAACCAGACGGAGCGAUGCAUCUUCCCAUCCCUGGUGCGGUACUUCUGCCAGCCCCAGGGGCAGAGCCCCCCAGCCCCUGCUGGCUGCAAGUUUUGCCCCCAGGACUGGCAGCUUCGUGGGGAGAGAUGCUACUGGCUCUCCAAGGAAUCGGGGAACUGGACUCGGGGCAGGAAAAGCUGCAAAGAUCAGGGCUCCGAGCUGGUGGUGCUCAAGAACGAGACAGAAAUGGUAAACAGGGAGGAAAAGGCUUGGAAAGGACCCAGAAGUCCUGGGUUUUUAGGGGGGCAGGGGAGCAAAAGGCUCCCAGCAGCAGGAGGGUUUGGGGUUCAGAGCACGGGCCGCUCGUGUCCCAUGGAUUUGGGGGGUCAGGUUUGUGCUGUGGCUUCACACCCCACGGAACUCCCCACAGAGAGAUUUUUUUGGAGCAACUGGUCCCUUCCACGUCAGGAGGACGUCGAGAGUGUCACAGGCAGGCGCCCGUGGUCGGUGUGGGUUGGGUUGAGGUCACAGCAGAAGGAGUGGACGUGGGUGGACGACACCCCCUACGACCCCCACAGGUGGCACGUUAGGGUUGGUUAUGGGGCAAUAAACCCUUUGUCGUGCAGGUUUGGAGACCUGCCGGAGGUGGAUGAAGGGUGUGGGACCCUGAAAGGCAAGAGCUUGGAUGUUGAUGUCUGUGCCAGUGAUCACAAGUGGGUUUGCCAAAAAGCCCCUUUCCAGCUCUCCCCGCCCACGGCAGGAGAUGUUGGGAAGCUGGAUGAUGCCUCCACCUGACACACUCCGGCAAUGGACCGUGUGGUAUAACAAAAUCAUUUAUUACAGUUCUUUCAUGGUUUAUCCACCCCGUUACAUCAGCAGUAAAUUCCAGUCAGUAGCUUUUCUCUAUAUCUACUUUUUAGCUAGGCAUUCUCUACCCAGGAGAA